AAAUUAAAACGUUUCUACUGCAAGCAAAAAUUGCAAUACGGUUGGUACAUCCUCACGUAUAUAGCUUACAUAACACAAGUACCGCAAACGUUUUCAUUUUGAUUCAUUUUUAAAAAAUGGCUGGUAUUACACCGCAGGCUUGCAGAAAUGCAUUUCGACAAGUUAGAAGAUUUCAUAUUUCUGCAAGUCAAAAUGCUGAAGCAAAAUUAAAAACAUUUGCUGUGUAUCGUUGGAAUCCAGACAAACCUGAUGAAAAACCAAAUAUGCAAGAAUAUAAAAUAGAUUUGAACACUUGUGGUCCUAUGGUAUUGGAUGCAUUAAUUAAAAUUAAAAAUGAAAUCGACCCAACUUUAACUUUCCGUCGAUCUUGUCGUGAAGGCAUUUGUGGUUCUUGUGCUAUGAACAUUGGUGGUACAAAUACAUUAGCAUGUAUAAGCAAAAUUGAUACUAAUACAAGUACAACUAGUAAGAUUUAUCCACUACCACAUAUGUAUAUAGUAAAAGAUUUAGUACCAGAUUUGAAUAAUUUUUAUAACCAGUAUAGAAGUAUACAACCAUGGCUGCAACGUGGUGAUGGGCAGAAAGCUGGUUCAAAGCAAUAUUUACAAAGUGUUGAAGACCGUAAAAAAUUGGAUGGUCUCUAUGAAUGUAUCUUAUGUGCUUGCUGCAGUACCUCUUGUCCAUCAUAUUGGUGGAAUGGUGAUAAGUACUUAGGACCUGCUGUACUUAUGCAGGCUUACAGAUGGAUUAUUGAUUCACGUGAUAAUAAAGCAAAGGAACGUCUCGAAAAAUUGCGAGACCCAUAUUCAGUAUAUCGAUGUCAUACUAUUAUGAAUUGUACUCGUACUUGUCCAAAGGGUUUGAAUCCUGGUAAAGCAAUUGCAGAAAUAAAGAAAUUGUUAGCCAACAUUAGUGAGAAACAAAAACCUGGCCUUGAUGCUGCUGUAUAAAUAAAAAAAAGAUGAAAUUAAUCAGUCAUAUGUAUUUUUCGUUCGUUAUGAUUCUAGAAUUAAUAGAAGAUUAUGUUUCAUUAAAUAAAAACAACUAAAUAUAGUUCACUUAAAUUAUUUGGCAAAACAAUAUACAGCUGACACCAAACUUUUAUAAACGUCAAAUAUGGUUUACUGUAAAUAUACAGCUGAAACCAAACUUUUAUAAACGUCAAAUAUGGUUUACUGUAAAUAAAAAUUUCUUCUAAUAUAAAUAAUUAUAUUUAUACUUUAA